AUGCGAGAGCAGAGCGAGUUUGAAAGGAUUUUAGCGAAGGUACAAGCGUGGUUUUGUAGUUAUGUGUGUCUGUUCAUCAUUGAUGAUGUGUGGGUGGUGAAUGAUAUAGACGCGAAUAUCCUUCAAAAGUUGUCUGUUCUGACUGACACUGCGGGGGGCAGCGGGGGAAGGAGGAGCAGACUACUGUACUCGACGAGGGAUAGGGAGCUGCGUCAGAUUGGUGAGCGGGUUGCUUUCGAGCCGAGGGAGAAGGUAGGGAAAGAAGCAGUUGACAUGCUUGUGCACGCGAGUGAGGCGAAUCGAGAGGAAGUGGAUGAUGCGAGUUGCAAAGAGGCCGUGGGUGAAAUACUGGAAAUCUGUUGCGGAUUGCCGCUUACCCUGAACGUGGCGGGAACGAGUGUGAGGUACAUGAGGGAAAGAUGGGAAGGAGAAGUGUCAGGAGCAUGGGGGGCGUACGUUUCGAAGAUGAAGAGGCGUAACACGAUUCGCGAGGAGAGUCCGAAGGACGGAUAUUCGUCGUUGAAUACGACAUUGCAUACGUCACUAGAUAUCCUGGAGUCCAAUGCGGGGAGCAGUGGGGAGACGGUUGGUGAAUUUUCGUUUCGAAAGAUGCACCGGAGUCUGUGCGUUAUGAAGAAGCAAGACCGGAUACCUUUGAGUUUGGUUGGAGAUUUGUGGGAGAUGGACGAGGAGCGGACGGAAUGGUGUGCAAAGGAGAUGGAAAGGGUUGGAUUAGUAGAGUUGCAGUAUGAGAAGGGCUGUGGUGGGUUGCGGGUGCAUGAUCUGACGCACGAUUUCGCGGUAGAAGAAGCGAAUAAGAAGGAGGGUGUAGAAAAGUGGUGUAAGAAGAUGGCGGAUGUAUGCAGGGCAGGAGGAGGGUUGUUUGCAAUGAGUGAGGGCCGAGACGGAGAGGGCAAGAGUGCACGGGAGGAGUAUGUUUUCGAGAACAUAUACCGUGUUCUGAGACAGGGUGGGUGUGUAGAGGAGCUGAAGAGGCUCUUUUUGAGUGCACGAUGGGUGAAGACAGUGAUACGGAGAGGCGGGGUUUGGCAAUACGAGGAAGCUGUGAAGGGAUUGAGUAGAGACUUGAAGCGGAAAAGAGGAAGCGGGGGUGUGACUAGGGGACGGGUCGAUGAGGAUGCAGUGGAUACAAUGGUUUUGAUGAUGCGGGCUGCGCGACUGAGUGUACCAUUUUGUGGUGAAAAUAAUGCCGGGAUUUACUUUCAACUAUAUGGGCGAGUGAAGCACAAGGCACGGGAUUCAGGUUGUGUGCGAAAGAUCCUUGAGGAAAUCGAGAGAUACGCACCACGGCCGUGGGUGCGGCCUGUGAGUGAGUGUGUAGCGCGAGCCGAUGGAACGUUGGUGGAGCACAUUGUCCUGCCAUAUUUCGGUACGCAAGAAAUUCAAGUGGGCAUAGAUUCCAGGGGUGAAGUGUAUGGAUGUCAGGUGGAGGAGUCCGGGGCCAAAGUAACAGUUUUCACGCAAUCUGCUGAGGAGACGAAGAUGGUUCGAUUAGAAGGCGAAUCCGAAACGGAGAGCCAAGGCGCAGGGGUCCUUGAAGCAAGCAGGCGCAAAAGGGGUGGGCCUUUGAGGGCCUGUUUUCGGAUGUGCAUUGGAAGUGUAAAAUCCGAAGUGAGUGAAGAAAAGCCGAGCGUGACGAGAGCUACCUGCUCAACUUUCUGUGAGAGGAAGGGGUAUGUUGUUAUGGGAUAUGACGACGGGACGUUAAGGCUGUGGAGUAUGUCGGAAAAGAAAGUAUUGAGAAGUUUCCGCGGUCACAGAUCGCGAGUGGCUUGCGUUGCGAUGAGUGGGAACGGAAGACGUGUGGUAUCCGGAUCGUUGGACAAGAGCGUGCGGGUAUGGGACCUGGAGACGGGAGCACAAGUCGGGGACGCGUUAGUUGGACAAAUGGGUCCGGUGUCCAGCGUUGCGAUGAGUGGGGACGGAAGACGUGUGGUAUCUGGAUCGCUUGACUGGAUCGUGCGUAUGUGGGACGUAGAGACGGGGGCACAUGUCGGGGACGCGUUAGUUGGACACACGGACGGAGUGUUUGGCGUUGCGAUGAAUAGGGACGGAAGACGUGUGGUAUCUGGAUCAGCUGACGAGAGCGUGCGGGUGUGGGACGUGGAGACGGGAGCACAAAUCGGGGACGCGUUAGUUGGACACACAGAUUUGGUGUGGAGCGUUGCGAUGAGCGGGGACGGAAGACGUGUGGUAUCUGGAUCGGAGGACAAGAGCGUGCGGGUAUGGGACGUGGAGACGGGAGCACAAGUCGGGGACGCGUUAGUUGGACACACGGGUCCGGUGCACAGCGUUGCGAUUAGUGGGGACAGAAGACGUGUGGUAUCUGGAUCAGCUGGCGAGUGCGUGCGGGUGUGGGACGUGGAGACGGGGGCACAUGUCGGGGACGCGUUAGUUGGACACACGAAUUUUGUGGUUAACGUUGCGAUAAGUGGGGACGGAAGACGUGUGGUAUCUGGAUCGGAGGACAAGAGCGUGCGGGUGUGGGACGUGGAGACGGGAGCACAAGUUGGAGACACGUUAGUCGGACACACGCAUUGGGUGGAGAGCGUUGCGAUUAGUGGGGACGGAAGACGUGUGGUAUCUGGAUCGCGGGACAAGAGCGUGCGGGUGUGGGACGUGGAGAGAGGGAUCACACUGCACACCGGGAGGGAAGAGGAUUGGGAGGAAAUCACGAGUCGGUUCCUGAAGACAAGAGACUUGGGUACUGCUUCUCGCGCAGGACGAACACCAAUAUUUUCAAGGGAGGGAAGAAUUGUGCAAAGGCGAGAGGAUGGGUCUGAGGCUGUCUUGGCCCAGGUGGAGAGUCAAGCACGCUUGCAUAUAGACCACGAUCACGGGGUCGCAGUCGGACGGGCGGGUCAGUUGGUUGUUAUCAUGAAGCUAGUGUUGUAA